ACUCGCAGUUUACACUCACAAACGUCUGCUUCGGCAAGAAAUCCGACUCCAGUCUAGUGACUUCCUCCGGAGCAACAUGUGGUUUUGGGUGCUGCUGGGUGUUCUGCACACGGCUCUUUGCCUGCAGACGGGAAACGAAUGUGCUCUGAGGUUAGACGGCCAUGGAAGAAACAGCGCAUUCGACUUCCACCUUAAUACCCUCCGAGGAGGGCCAUUGGGGCACGGAGGUCCUGGUACAUGCAUCACGUACGACGCUGUAAACCACGCCUAUAUCGAAGCCAGGAAGAGAAUACACGUAUCAACUCCGAAAGGAGAGUGGAGCGCACAUGAUGUUGCAACUGUAGGAGAACUACUCUUGGAUAUAUCAAUUCAACUGGCGAAAAAUUAUGGGCUGACUUAUGAGGAAAUUGAAAAGGGGCUACCUUUGAUUGACACAUCGAAAACUUUGAUUCGAGAAGUAUGUCCCCCUUUCCUUGCUAACGUCGAGUGCAGACCAGGUAAAUACAGGAGGUAUGACGGACUGUGUACCAAUUUGAAACACCCGACAUGGGGUGCGACACAAACACCGUUUACAAGGCUGAUUGGACCGUUGUUCUCCGAUGGAAUAACAGCUCCCAGGAUCAGUGUGACUGGAAAACAGCUUCCCAGGGCUAGGGUUGUAUCUAGAACUAUGCAUCCUGACGAAGGCUACCAUGAACACGCAGGGACCGUAAUGAUUGUAGCUUGGGGCCAGUUUCUCGAUCAUGAUUUCACUCUGACUGCUACUCCUGAAGAUCCUGUGAAUAAGAACGAACCAGAAGAAUGCUGCAGGCGUCCUCCACAUCUCAAGAACCCAUACUGUAUGGAAAUUGAAAUACCCGAAGAUGACUAUUAUUACCAUAAAUACGGGCAAAAAUGCCAGGAUUUUGUCAGAGGUUUCCCAUCAGUAAGACCAGGCUGUAGAUUAGGCUCUAGAACUCCAUUCAAUCGUUUAACUGGUGUCAUUGAUGCAAAUACUGUUUAUGGUAUUACAGAAACAUUCGCAAGGCACUUGCGGUCAGGAUAUGGAGGAACCCUCAGAAUGAACCCAGUUUUUGCUGAAUAUGGCCUUAAAGAUCUGCUCCCUCUCAAAUUGGAUAUCCCGGAUGAAGGCUGCACGAGAACGAACCGAUCGCAGUUCUGUUUUGAAGCAGGAGAAAUUCGAGUGAACGAACAACUGGUUCUGACAUGCAUGCACACACUUAUGGCUCGAGAACACAACAGGCUAGCUCAUGCACUGUCUCAGAUAAACCCACAUUGGGAUGAUGAAACGCUUUAUCAGGAAGCUAGAAGGAUAGUAAUUGCUGAAAUCCAACAUAUAACGUAUAAUGAAUUUCUUCCUAUACUUCUAGGAAAAGAGGUGAUGGAUAAAUUUGGUCUACUAUUGCAGAAGGAGGGCUAUUGGGAUGGUUAUGAUCCAGAAGUGAAUCCCAAUGUCAUUGAUGCAUUUUCCGCAGCUGCAUUUAGAUUUGGGCAUACACUCCUACCAACUGCAGUCGAACGAUGGAGCAAGGCGCACAAAUUUAUUGCCUCAAAGCGACUUUCUGAUCUAAUUAGAAGGCCAUAUGAUUUAUACCGUGCAGGUGUAUUUGAUGAGUAUUUCAUGGGGCUGAUGAACCAAGUAGCUCAAGCAAUGGACGACUCUGUGACACAAGAGGUGACGAAUAAUUUAUUCAAGAAACCAGGAAACCAUUUUGGUCUUGAUUUAGUAGCUUUCAACAUGCAAAGAGGCAGGGAUUUUGGCAUCCCUGGAUACAUGGAAUUCAGAAAGUUCUGCGGUUUGCCAGAAGCGCACAGUUUUGAAGCCCUAUUUGGUGCCAUGUCAAACUCAACGAUCAGCAGAUAUACUACAAUAUUCGAGCAUCCAUCUGAUGUCGAUUUAUGGUCAGGAGGAGUUUCUGAGAGACCUCUACCUGGUUCGAUGAUUGGACCAACUUUUAGUUGCAUAAUUGCUACCCAAUUCAGUUAUGCAAGGAGAGGUGACAGGUUUUGGUAUGAACUGCCGAACCAACCAUCUUCCUUUACGCCAGAACAAUUGCAAGAAAUUCGUAAAAUAAAAUUGUCAAGAGUAAUAUGUGACAAUACAGAUUUAAUUGACACACUUCAAGUCUAUCCUAUGGUCCUGCCAGAUCAUGAAAUAAACCCAAGAGUACCUUGCAAGAGUGGUGUACUUCCAUCGAUAGACCUUUCAAAAUGGGCUGAUUUCGGACAUAACAACCACUUCCAUGGAACAGCAGAAGGAUUUGACCCAUUGCUCGCCAAAAAGUAAAUGCCACACAAUAUUAGUUUGAAACCGUGCCAAUUGACUGUUCAUGUAUCAAUUAAGUAUGAUUUUUUUUUAUGCUGUGCUAAAUCAAAGACGUAAACAUUUUUGUUCGAAAGAACCGAGUGUCUGAAAGUUUCGUGUUUUCCGUGUGUCAUUUAUUAUUAUUAUUAUUAUUAUUUGUACAAAAGUCAAAUUUCAAUGUUGUGUCAUUGUGGUAACUUGUAUUUUUUAAAAUAUGUAAAUAUUAGACUUUUAAGGAAAAUAUAAGUUGUAUUUAAGAAGUUUUCA